AUGUCGACCCCGCCCGCGGAGAGGAAGCCUCUCCCGUUCGUCGCGAACUUCGCGGCCGGUGCCAUUGCUGGUAUCUCGGAGAUUUUGACCUUCUACCCUCUCGAUGUCGUGAAGACUCGCAUGCAGCUCGAGACAGGUAAGUCUACGCAAGGCGUCGUCGGGAGCUUCAAGACUAUCGUCAAGGAGGAGGGUUUCGGCCGCUUGUACCGCGGUCUCCUCCCUCCGCUGCUCAUGGAGGCCCCGAAGCGUGCCACGAAGUUCGCGGCCAACGACUUCUGGGGGAAGCGCUUUAUGACGCUCACCGGCGAGAAGAAGAUGACGCAAAAUCUCGCCAUUGCUACUGGCUGCGCGGCUGGUGCGACCGAGAGCUUUGUGGUCGUGCCUUUCGAGCUUGUCAAGAUCAAGCUGCAGGACAAGUCGAGCACAUUUGCGGGUCCUAUGGAUGUGGUAAGACAGGUGGUCAGGAAGGAGGGUUUGCUUGGCCUGUACGCCGGUAUGGAAGCGACAAUGUGGAGGCACCUCUGGUGGAACGGCGGAUACUUCGGCUGCAUAUUCCAAGUUCGGUCAUUGCUCCCUAAGCCUGAGGUCGUGAAGUCCCGCAUCCAGGGAUCAAGCAAAGUCCCCGGCGUCGUCCCCAAGUACAACUGGACCUACCCCGCACUGGUGACGAUCUUCCGCGAAGAGGGCCCCGCAGCGCUGUACAAGGGCUUCGUCCCGAAGGUGCUCCGGCUCGCGCCCGGGGGCGGUGUCCUGCUGCUCGUCGUCGAGUUCACGCUCAACAUCUUCCGCCAAACGCUCGGGCCUCCGUACAUCUGA